GCGCCAGUUGGACAAGGACUUGCGAGAGGCCACCGGAGAUGAGAACUACGGCGUGCCCAACACCUUGCUGCAGAAGAUCGCGCAGGCCACAACAGACGACGACAACUGCGACAGGGUGCUCGACUUCAUCUGGGAGGCGCUCAGGGAGAAGAACGACAAGAAGUGGAGGCGCGUCCAGAAGGCGCUCACCCUCCUGGAAGCCUGCAUGAAGUUUGGCAGCGAGAGGUGCACCGAGGGCGUCAAGAGCAACCUGUGGCAGGUGAACAAGUGGCGGGAGCAUCGCGUCAUGGAGGGCGGAAAAGACCAGGGCGGAGGGAUCCGGCUCAAGGCGGAGACGGUAUCGGAGCUCUGCUGCGACGAAGCCAGGCUGCGCCAGGAGCGAGACAAGGCGGCGGCCCUCGCCGGGAAGAUCACGCACGUGGCCGGUCAGGCGCCGGCCGCGCCCGCGCGGGAGGCGAGGCGGCCCUUCGGACGGCGCAGCAAGGGCGGCGGCGGCGUCGGGGAGGGCGUGAGCGACGACGACGAGGGCCCUGCCCCGAGCGGCUUCGGGGACGAGCAGGCCGACCAGUCCGCCCACCGCAAGAGGGACAUCGAGACGUUCAUGACGUUCACCGGCUGCGCCUCCCGGGCCUCAGCGGAGCAGUACCUGCGGCGGGCGAACUGGGACGCCAACCUGGCCAUCGGCAUGUACAUCCCGGACUCGGCGCCCGGCGCCGCCGCCCAGCCGCCCGGCGAGAGCGAGAAGCGACAGAGGGUGCAGCAGGUCCAGCAGCUGACGAAGGCCAGCGAGAGCACCGCCAGGGGCCUGCUGGAGCAGAGCAGCUGGACCGUGGACCUCGCCGUGGAGCGCUUCUUCGAGCGGGAGGGAGCCGCCGGCGCAUCGGACAGCUCCUCGAGCUCGGGCAGCUCCUCGUCCUCGGACUCGGACGACGCGCCGGCCGGGCAGAAGGGCGGCGCAGGCAGGGGUGCCCCCGCACCCCCUGGCGGCGGCGGAGGUUUCGGAGCGCCCGCGGCCCCGGCGGCGGCUUCGGCGCCCCCAACGGCGGCGGCUUCAGCGCCCCCAACGGCGGCGGCUUCGGCGCCCCCAACG